AUGGAGAAUCCUUGGUUAUCUGUCGAUAUUGAUGAAAGUUCUGAAGAGUCAUCCGAUUCAUAUUACGGUGUAUUCACAAGAUCUCCACUAGAAAUCGCAAGAUCAUUACCAAGACCAGUUAAUCCAGGAUGCCAUCAGACUUUCUCCAUGAAGCGCAUUGCCCAAUUUGAAGAAUCAGAUAGUUCAUUCAAUGAAUCACCAGCAUCUUCAAAUUUUUCUCCAUUUAGAUUUACAGAAUCAUGCGUUUCUGUAUUUUAA